AAGGAAAACCCCGUUAAGGGUGUAAGGAUACGUCGGAGCUACACGUCGUUAGCAGGUGCACAGCGCACGGAAAUCACAAUUAUGAGGCGAAUGAUGGCUUAGCAUAUGGUGUUUCCCGUUUAAUUCACCGACAGAGGACACGUCCGCACUAACCACAACCCCGUGAUUUUACGAGAAUAAUGUGACGAGAAAGUACCAUCUGCUGACCUCCUUUCUCCAGAGUGACUCCACUGUUUGCAUAUCGAAGCUUUUCACUCUCAUAUCAACAACAUGUCAGGGACCUACACGCCGGCCCCUGGUGGGCCUUUCUCUGCUCUCACCCCGAGCAUGUGGCCCCAGGACAUCUUGGCCAAGUACCAUCAGAAAGACCCCUCAGAACAGCCUGAAUUCCAGUACGAUGAGUUCGGCUUCAGAGUGGACCCUGAAGAAGACGGGAAGGUCCGGUCCUGGCUGGGCACUGAAGGUUCACCCCAGCGUGAAGACCCCCAGCAGCGACUGCGCUGGCAAGCCCACCUGGAGUUCACCCAUAACCACACGGUGGGCGACCUGACCUGGGAGCUCAUAGAGCCCGUCCUUCCUCGCUCGGAGCGUCUGCGCUCCCUGGUGCUGGGCGGUAUUCCUCACAGCAUGAGGCCGCAGCUCUGGAUGCGUCUGUCUGGAGCGCUGCAGAAGAAGAGGACCUCUGAGAUCUCCUACAAAGAAAUCAUUAAAAACAGUUCCAAUGAUGACAACUCCACGGCUAAACAGAUAGAGAAGGACCUGUUACGCACGAUGCCCACCAACGCCUGCUUCUGCAAUAUGACCAGUGUUGGCGUGCCGAGACUGAGACGGGUACUGAGGGGCCUGGCCUGGCUUUACCCAGACAUCGGGUACUGUCAGGGUACUGGGAUGGUGGUUUCCUGUCUGCUGCUCUUCCUGGAGGAGGAGGACGUGCUGUGGAUGAUGUGUGCUCUCAUUGAAGAUCUCCUUCCUCCCUCCUACUUCUCCUCCACCCUGCUGGGUGUCCAAACAGACCAGAGGGUUCUCCGUCAGCUCAUCGUUCAGUACCUGCCGGCCCUCGACCGCCUCCUGCAGGAGCACGACAUAGAGUUGUCGCUGAUCACGCUGCAUUGGUUCCUGACUUCAUUUGCCAGCGUGGUGGACAUCCGUCUGGUCCUCAGAAUCUGGGAUCUGCUCUUCUACCAGGGCUCACUGGUGCUCUUCCAGGUCACACUGGGCAUGCUCAAGAUCAAGGAGGAGGAGCUCGUAUCAUCAGAGAACUCUGCAUCCAUUUUUAACACUCUGUCAGACUUACCGAGCCAGCUGAGAGACGGGCCUGCGGUGCUCGGGGAAGCCAUGAGGCUAGCGGGUUCUUUGACCCAGGAGACGCUGGAGGCCCACCGACACAAACACCUCGCCUACAUCCUUAAUGAACAGACGCAGCUCAACAACGGGAACAACACAACCCUCAACACUAAUCUCAACAAGGUGGUGAGGAGGCAGUCCCUGCGCAGGAAGUCCACCCUGAGCUCCCUGCUGUUUGGAGAAGAUGAGGCGGAGGCCCUGAAGUCCAAGAACAUAAAGCAGACCGAGCUGGUGGCCGCCCUGAGAGAGGCCAUAACCCGCACCGCAGAGCACUUCCACUGUCUGGACCCGCGUCACUCCAGCACUGACCUGACGCCGGACUACUCCAUGGAGAGCCACCAGAGAGAUCACGAGAACUUCCUUGUGGUGUCCCGCACCCGACGGAGACGGGCGAAGGCUCUGUUGGACUUUGAACGACACGAUGACGACGAACUGGGCUUCAGGAAGAAUGACAUCAUCACUAUCAUCUCACAGAAGGAUGAGCACUGUUGGGUCGGAGAGCUCAAUGGGCUCAGAGGCUGGUUUCCGGCUAAGUUUGUGGAGAUCCUCGAUGAGAGGAGCAAAGAGUAUUCAUUAGCAGGAGACGACUCUGUGACGGAGGCAGUGACAGACCUGGCCCGGGGCACACUGUGUCCGGCCCUGAAGGCUAUAUUUGAGCACGGUCUGAAGAAGCCGUCUAUACUGGGGGGGCCCUGUCACCCCUGGUUAUUCAUAGAAGAGGCGGCGAGUAGAGAGGUGGAGAGGGACUUCAACUCGGUGUACUCCAGACUGGUGUUGUGUAAAACAUACAGGUUAGAUGAAGAUGGGAAAGUACUAACACCAGAAGAGCUGCUGUACAGAGCAGUGCAGUCAGUCAACAUGAGCCACGACACCGCACACGCUCAGAUGGACGUCAAGUUCAGGUCUCUCGUCUGCGUUGGACUCAAUGAGCAGGUGCUGCACCUGUGGUUGGAGGUGCUGUGCUCCAGCAUGGCAGCUGUGGAGAAAUGGUAUCAUCCGUGGUCGUUCCUGCGUAGUCCUGGAUGGGUCCAGAUCAAGUGUGAGCUCAGGGUCUUAUCGAGGUUUGCCUUCAGUCUCUCCCAAGAUUGUGAGCUACCCGACAAGAAAGAGGAGAAGGAGCAGCGCCCCCUGAAGGAGGGAGUACAGGACAUGUUGGUGAAGCAUCACCUCUUCAGCUGGGACAUCGACGGCUGAACUCACUGCCAAAACAGAAACAGCCGAGCCCGUCCCCCGUCCCGCGUGUCUGUGUUUUAAAACUCUCGUCUCUUUCACCUGUUACCUAAAGACUCUGAGUCCUGAAUCGGACUCUGUUGUCUGCUAAAGUACGGGACGACUUUACAGACCUUUAUUUGUCACAUCACCUCUGAGCACUGGACCGUGUCGACACCCUUAUUAUAACUUUGGAGCAGCAGUUUGUUUGUGUUUAUUUAAAGUCAGUGCAGGAGAAAGCAACACAUGGUAAAAGAAGCUACAUAUUCAUGGCGCCUGUGUUGUAAAGAAAACCUUUCCCCGAGGACUUGAUACCUGUUAUUAGCAUCCUAAUAGAAGUAUUCCUCUGGCCUUUCUGCUUUAUUCAGUGCAGGAUUGACAUGUACAAAUCAUUUUCUUGCAUUAGUUAUAUCUGAGAGGUGAGAGGUCAUCACAUGACACGGCGAGGGUCUUCUGAAAUCGACCUUAGACCUCAAGACUGAAGCGCAAAGGUAAAUCAUUUUUGACAUGGAUGCAUUUAACUUCAACAUCAUGAAUCCCACAAAUUAUAUAUCUCAUUAAAUUCUAAUGUUGCACAUGCCGAGGAAAGCCUUUCUCAAGUGGUCCGAUAGGCCAGCGGGUGACAGUGAACGGGAUAAUGUGCACGAGGCCGAUAAAUCUGUUAGUUUUUUUCUGUUCCAGUCCACAGCUUAUAUAUGUUGCAUAAGAUUUGUAAUGUUUGUUUUUGUAUAUAAAGUAAACAUGAUGCUUGUAACUACAUGUGCCCUCGUAUGUAAAGAAAAUAUAUAUAUCACUAUAUAGAUGAUGUACUGAUUUUUAAAGUGACCUUUAGUUCUGACUAAAAGUUGCACAUGCAUCAGGAA